UUUAUCCUCAUAAGCCUUGAAGAUCUAAAUAGAUAUACAAGUUUUUGAGGAGGCAAAAAAUUUGCUCCAUUUUUGCUAUCUUUACAAAAAAUGUAAGAACCUUGCACUCAACAAAAGCUUGAUCCCUGAUAAACUGAACCUUACAGUUUCACAGCCAACCUGACUAGAAACCCUUAACCUCACUCAACCUCAGUCAAUAGCCAUUGGUUCUUUAAAUACCUCUUAGAAAUUUUCUGAGCUUAAGAAUGAUUUGCAAUGGAAUCGACCUUGACGCUAUGCGGGACUUGAAGAGUGGAUUUUUCUUCCAACAAAACCCAGGUGAACAACAUUAUUACCCAAAACAAACAUGUGCAAUUUUGGAUUAGAAACAUUUACAAAUGCUUGUUACAAGGUAUCAGAUCAGAAACAUCAACACUGUCUCCACGUUAAAACAAUUACUGCAGUUCAAUCAACAUACAUUCAACGACUAUGGCUGCGACAAUCUACGGUUUAAAGCUAUACAAUGCAUGGAGGUAGACUUCACUUCCUUUGCUUCUCUUUUAAAGCAAUGCACCAAGACGAAAGCCGUUGCACAGGGCAAGAUUGCACAUGCUUACAUCAUCAAAACUGGAUUUCAGCAAGAGGUCUUCGUGGGGAACAACCUCAUCAACCUGUAUGCAAAAUGUGGUAUGUUGAAGGAUGCACGUAAAGUGUUCGACAAAAUGUCUAAGCGAGGAGUCAUCUCGUGGACUGCUCUGAUGACAGCGUACGCUCAAAGUGGCCAUGGAUGUGAGGCCCUGGAGAUUUUUAUGCAGAUGCAAGUUGAUGGCUUAAAGCCAGACAAUUACACGUUGGCUACUGCUGUAAAUGCGUGCUCGAGUCUUGCAGCUCUAGAACGCGGAAAACAGGUACAUGGCCAUUUUAUUGCUGGUGGAUUUGAGUUGGAUGAUGUUGCUAAGAGUGCACUUAUGGACAUGUAUGCUAAAUGUGGAUGUUUAGAGGAUGCGCGUCAAAUGUUUGACAACAUUACUGAAAGAAAUCCUGUUUCAUGGAAUGGGAUGGUUUUAGGUUAUGCUCAGAAUGGACGCUUGGAUGAUGCAUGGAAACUCUUUUGCCAAAUGCCUAAACCUGAUACGUUAACGUGGACUGUGAUUAUAGUGGGAUAUGUGCAGAUUGGUGAUGGUGUUCGGGCUGUGGAACUCUUCCACCAAAUGCUGAAUGAAGGUGUCAAAUCAGAUCACUUCACCUUAUCUAGUAUUCUAGGCGCAUGUGCAGGUUUAGCAGUCUUAGAACAAGGUAGACAAUUUCAUGCCUAUGCCACUGGAACUGGAUUUGAGUCGAGUGUUUUUGUUGGAAACGCUCUUGUCGACAUGUAUUCUAAAUGUGGUGCCAUGGAGGAUGCACUUCAUCUCUUCAACAGAAUGCUUAUCCGGGAUAUAGUCUCUUGGACUACUAUGAUUGUAGGAUGUGCUGAGCAUGGACAGGGUAAAGAGGCACUUCAACUCUACAAACAAAUGUUGUCGGCAGGUUUGACGCCAAAUAAUAUCACAUUUGUAGGUUUACUUUAUGCAUGCAGCCAUGCAGGCCUAGUGGAAGAAGGUUUCCGUUACUUCAAUUCAAUGACCCAAGAUUAUGACAUUAGUCCAACUCUGGAGCACUAUACCUGCGUACUUGAUCUUCUUGGCCGUGCUGGGUUUCUGAAUGAGGCAGAGGAGUUUGUGAGUAACAUGCCCGUCAAACCCGAUGCAACAAUAUGGAGGGCUUUGCUUGGAGCAUGCAGAAUUCACGGCAAUACAGAUAAAGCGCAACGCACAGCCGAAAGACUUAUUGAGCUGAAACUGGAGGAUUCUUCGACUUAUGUUUUACUGUCAAACACUUACGCUGCUGCUGGUAGGUGGGAAGAUGUUGCAAAGGUGAGAAAAUUAAUGAUAGGUAGAGAGCUGAAAAAACAGCCUGGGUGCAGCUGGAUUGAGGUAAGACAUAAGACACAUGUAUUUUUUGUCGGUGAAAUUUCACACCCACAGAAAGUGGAGAUCCAUGCAAUGCUGGAAUGGUUGUUUGCACAAAUGAAGGCAGUUGGGUAUUAUCCAAAUACAAAUUUGGUAUUGCACAAUGUGGAAGAUUAUUAGAAGUAACACUACUGUCACAAUAGCAAGAAGGUUGAUGUUGCCUUUAGUCUCAUGAACAGCUAUCUAUAUGUUCUAAAAGAUCAUCAUGUAUGUGGUGAGCAACAGAGUUCAUCUUCAAGACUGUCGAGAGGGAAUAGCUGCGCCACAUGCAAAAUGCUAACCUAAUUUCAAAGACAAGCAGGAUUGCAAUUACAUUUAUCUGCACUUCUUUGGAAUGCAAGGGCCGGUUGUGUGACAGCUUCAUAUAUAAUCAUUCAAUCUUUUGAUAAGACGGAAUAUUUUGGAAAGAUGCUAUAAGCUUAGAAAUUCUUGAUCCCAUGAUCUUGAUAGGUUUAGAGCUUUUCAAGAUAAUAUAUGAGCAUGAUUAAAAUUCUACCUGAGGAAAUGGUCAAAUAAAGUGAAUAAAUGCAGAUUUUUUUCCCUGUCAAUCACCAUGGCCUGUUUAAUAUUCUAAAGCUUAAGAUUUUUAAACCCAGAUAAUUGUGCACCUUUUAAGGCAUGGAUCGUUCCCAAAUGUACAAUGAUUUGGAAUUUGAUAUCAUACAUUAUUUAUAACUGUUUAAUGCUUUGAAGAAAGUUGAUGGCAAGGUGAAAAAUACCAAAUCUGGUCUGUAUAAGAUUAGAACAGGGAAAUGGUUGCCAGAAUUUCUUUGGUGAGCACCAAGCCACUACUUAAUACUCUGUUCAAUCUUAUUUUCAUAUAAGAUGCAUCCUUUUUACUGAGCCAAAAUAAAG